CCCAAAUCUAUGAGGCACAUCAUCGGAUUUAGAUGGGUGUGCGAUUUUAUUAACUUUCCAUGCUCUGUUGCCGUGUUUCGGGAUCUGCACGAUCUGUCUUUCAACCACGCUUCCAAGGGGGAUGGGUAUGGUUGGUGGACCAUUAUCAACAAAAGAUCCCGAAGAAAGGGGGAGCCGAACUAUAUUACGGCCUACCCUUACCUCAGCUCUGAUCAUAACUGGAAGACGGAGUGGUUGUUCGUUCGUGUGCCGACAGAUCCGAAGCAUCCACAUUUUUACCGCCCUCCGAAGUGGUUUGUGACUCCUGAUCCUGAUAUGCGAAGCGUGGCUGCUCCGGAUCGGAACCAUCACCACUACGUGGAUCUCCUCCAGUGGUUUUUGGCUCGGGAGGACAACUACAAAUUGCCGUCCAACUGGCUCCCGAACCUCAACUAUAUCUUGCGGGAGGACAUUCUUGCUGUUGCCGGUCUCAGCAGGAUUUUUGACAGGGAGUACGGCUUUAGCUGCGUUGAUCCUGUGGUCUUGGGUAUUUCUUUGGAUCUGAAGACCAUUCACGACUCGGCCCCUGAUUAUAAGUUCGGGAAGGAGAAUCCUCGUAAUCCUCGUUUGAAGGAUUACGUGCUGUCUCCGUCGGGUGUCGCUCGGAUAUCUGAAGUUCGAGCUGAUCCGUGGGAUUCUGCCUCUUCUCCCGAAGCUGUUCCAGUGAAAGUCGUGCUCCCUGAUUUGAGGACAACCUCGGAUCCGGGUCCUGGGACUGACGCUGUGCCGCGUGCCGUUCCUUCGGUUUCAUCUCCGGCUCGGAUAGAUAUCUCUUUAUCUAGGAACCGGGAUCAGCGCAAAAGGAAGAGCAGCACUCUUUUGAGGCCUUCUGCGCAUCCGAAGAAGGCGAAAGCUGAUCAGUCUUCGGAGAAGGAAGUGGUUUCGGAAGUCAUGCCUCCUCCCAAAAACCUCCUUCACUUCAUGCCCUUGCCCGGGCAGAAGUUGAAGAGUGUGGUGGUUGUGGAACCGCCUCCCGUGGACCAACCGCUGGCUGAGGAAGAUACUAUCCCUUCUCCGCUGAAGCCAAAUUGGGUCUCACAGCCACGCUUACUCAUUUACUUUUUGCUCUCUACUUUUUCACCUUUCUUUAACAUUGUGUCAUUUACUCAUGGUCUCAUGGAGUAA